CUUCAGAAAAGAGAGAGAGAGAGACAUUGCGGUAUUUAGCUCUUGUUACAGAACAAUCAUCUCGUAAUGUUUUAUUUCUGCAUUUUAUAAGUCUUCGCUACGCCGCUGAAAUAGUGCAAUAAGUUAAAGUGAAAAAACAUAUAUUUGUCUCGCUUCAACUUAUUACACUAGUUGAGCGGUGCAGCGAAAACGAACAGACCUCAUGUUUAAUAUCUUAUCAUUCUGCGCCAUCCAUAUUGGAUUUAAGGUUAGGUUAAGAAUUAUGGCAGCCGGUCCGAUAGCAGAACGUAACCAAGAUGCGACGAUAUAUGUUGGAGGUUUGGAUGACAAAGUUACAGAAUCCCUUAUGUGGGAACUGUUCGUCCAAUCAGGGCCUGUUGUGAAUGUACACAUGCCGAAAGAUAGAGUGACCCAAAUGCAUCAGGGAUACGGCUUUGUCGAGUUCAUGGGCGAAGAAGACGCGGAUUAUGCCAUCAAAAUCAUGAACAUGAUCAAGCUCUACGGCAAACCCAUUCGAGUGAACAAAGCCAGCGCUCACCAGAAAAAUCUGGACGUGGGGGCGAAUAUAUUCAUCGGAAAUCUGGACCCGGAAGUGGACGAGAAAUUGCUAUACGACACAUUCAGCGCAUUCGGUGUGAUUUUGCAGACUCCUAAGAUAAUGAGGGAUCCCGAGACUGGCAACUCGAAGGGCUUUGCCUUCAUCAACUUCGCCUCGUUCGACGCGUCAGACGCGAGCAUCGAGGCGAUGAACGGCCAGUACUUGUGCAACCGACCGAUCUCGGUGUCGUACGCGUUCAAACGAGACGCCAAGGGUGAGAGGCACGGUAGCGCCGCGGAGCGACUUCUGGCCGCGCAGAACCCUCUCAGCCAGGCGGACAGGCCGCAUCAGCUCUUCGCGGACGCGCCGCCGCUGGCUCCGCCGCCAAUGCCGAAUUCGAACGCGACCGUGCACCAGUCGGCUCAUCAUCCCCAGCACCACGUCAUGCACCACGGCAUGGUAGUGCCGCCGCCGCCACCCCCGUCGACCCCGGGACCGCCGAUGGGCCAUCCGCCUCCGCCUCCGGUGCCGCCGCCGCCGUCGGGCGGUUUCCCGCCGGCGAACAUCCCCCCGCCGCCUCUUCCCCCGAUGUCCAUGGCCGCGCAUCCUCCGUUACCGCCGGGGAUGCCGCCGCCGUUGCCACCGAUGCCGGUGCCGACGUCGCAGGCGCAGGCGACCUCCAGGAUGAUGGCGCCGCCGCCGCCGCACUGGGCCGUCGCGCCGCAAUUUCGCCCGCCGUUCCCGCCGAGGGGACCGCCGCCGCCGCCACCCCCGCACGACAGCGGUCAAUAUUAAUUCGUGUCAGGGUCUUGUCUAUGUUCGCGUGGACGUUGACGUUCUCGUGUUGCCAGCGCGGAGGUCGCAGAAAGUACGACGGUCUCUUCUGUAUUCUUGAUUCAGCGUUUUUUUAUCAAUCUGAUUCCUCCAUACUCUCUGUACGAAUAAAGAUAUUUAAUCGUAUCGAUCGCGUGGAUUAAUUGUCCGAGCAGUAAUUAGCUCCGGUUGAAUCAACUGGUCCCAAUUACGCGGCCAAUUACGAGUGAUUGAUCCGAGUACCGUUGAUGUACCGCUAAAGCGGCGCACAAAACCGAUGAAUGAAAAAUCAA